AUGGAAAGGAUAGAGUACGAUCCUAAUCGAACUUCUCAGAUUGCUCUCAAACAUGUUUGGUUCCGAUCCAGGAUCGCAGAAACUCAAUAUGUCUUGAACAGUACAUUUACCCAAAAUCAGUCUUUAUUUUGUUUAUUACAAUGUGUAUUUCAGGCUUGCAAGAAGCUCAACAGGAUUGAGCUCUCAGACUGUGAGAUAUACGCUUCGUGUGAGCCAUGUCCUAUGUGUUUCGGCGCAAUCCAUCUCUCUAGAAUCAAGAGAUUGGUGUACGGAGCCAAAGCCGAAGCUGCUAUUGCCAUCGGGUUCGAUGACUUCAUAGCAGAUGCAUUGAGAGGAACUGGGUUCUACCAGAAGGCUCAUCUUGAAAUCAAAAGAGCUGAUGGGAAUGGGGCCAUGAUUGCAGAGCAGGUUUUCGAGAAAACAAAGGAGAAAUUUCAACUCUACUGAAGAACAUUCUUCACUUAUGGAAGAAACUUCUCAACGAAGACGAGGAGAUUUCGAUUUCAGCGCAGAAUCGAUCUGAAACGAAGCACUUCAGCCACUGGAAUCAUGGAAGGGAUAGAGUACGAUCCUAAUCGAACUUCUCGGAUUGCUCUCAAACAUGUUUGGUUCCGAUCCAGGAUCGCAGGUCAGUGACAAAAAUCUUACUCUUGAUUUCUGAGAAUCAUUCAUCAAUUUAAUUAUCAUUUGGGUUCUUGCUUUCUUUUUUAUUUUACCGAUGUAAGUUUCGCUUUUUAUGAUGUUAAAUUUGGAGAUGGAAUAUUGCAUUUUUUAAUUGGGCGGAGGGAUAAUAUUCUUAUAUUAUGAAGUUUCGCUUUUUAUGAUGUUUAAUCCUCAAAAACAUUAUAUAUUGUCCAUAUAGGCAAGCUGGAAAGCAAAUACGAGGUGUCAUAAGCUCUGCUUAUAAGAUAUAAAGGCAAGCAAAGCAAGAGAUAUAUAACCAGCCUCCAUCCUAUCUGGAUUUGUGUUUACACAGGAAAAUACUUCAUGCACACAUUAUUCUCCGUAUCAUUCUGUGUAUUGGCAAUUGUUCCCAUUUUCUGAUUGAGACAUCUGAUACUUCAAUCUGGUUCUCUUAGUAAAUUCUCAAGUAGAGAAGCAUCUCAAUUACAAACAGAAGUCAGCCCGUUUCCUUGAUUUUACUGUUUACACAUUAUUCCAACAUGAAUAUUUCUCUAAUGUGGGACUCAUCUGUGCCCAGGUUACUAACCUUGCUAAAGAGGCAAAGAAAGAAAGGAAUGCUCUGUCCAAGGAGGUUGCAAAGAUCAGCAACCAUGGAAUCUCAGUCUGAAUCUCACCACUUUUGCAGCUGCUGCGCAAGCAGUUGCUGAAGCAGAAGCUGCAAUGGCUGAAGCUGAAGAGGCAGCUCGUGAGGCUGAGGCUGCAGAAGCUGAUGCAGAAGCCGCCCAGGCUUUUGCAGAGGCAGCAAUGAAGACACUGAAAGGAAGAAACACCCCCAACAUGAAUGUACAGAUGAUUCAUGCUUGAUGGGGUUCAGUCUCUCUAAUCACUAGCCGCUUACAGAUUCUCUCGAAUGAAACCUAGUUGAUUGUCUUCCAUAGUUCCAUGGACUUGAUCUAUCUUGUAAAUAUAGCAACAAGAUAUUUAACCUAUAAUAUGAGGGAGCAGGGAGGUGUUCCUCCAGGCGAGUCUGGCACUCGUCGUUGUCAUUUUUUGGGAGUUAGCUGUAUGUUGAUUCAUUCCAUUGUAGAAAUUGAUGCUCGUUUGCUGAACUCUUUUCUGUAUUAGUGGAAGAUGGUGGAGAGAUGUUUGCUGGGAAAGAAAGAAGAAAGCAAUAGAAAAAGAAAAAGAAAAAAGAAAGACCCUGUGGAGAUACCAUAGAUCUAGAUGUUUGGAUCCACUGCUUUUUGUUUCUUUUAAUAGGCGUAAAAUGGAUGGUAGAUAUGGGGGCAAUUCUCUUUUAAAAUUGUUGUAGCAGACUGCAAUAUACCCUUUUUUUGUUGUAUGAUAAUAAUAUUGAUAAUAAGAAUGAUAAUCAUGAAUCCAUGAUGGAGUGAAUA